AUGCGCUCAAUAUUUUUAUGUUCUUUUUCUCGCCAAGCAUUUGGAAAGCUUGCAUUUCUCAUUCUAAGAGAUGAUUCUGGGACAAUUCAGCUUUAUUGUGAAAAGGCAAGAUUUUUAAGUGAUCAGUAUGGCGUGCUUAAGAAUCUUGUUGAUAUUGGUGACAUACUUGGUGCAAGUGGCUCAAUUAAGCGAACUGGGAAUGGGGAGCUUUCUGUCUAUGUGAACUUUUUUGCAAUUCUUACAAAAUCUCUACUGCCCUUGCCAGACAAAUAUCAUGGUCUAACUCAUGUGGAUAAGCGUUACCAGCAACGGUACAUUGAUAUGAUUUCCAAUCCUGAAGUAGCUGAUGUAUUUCGGAAGAGAGCAAAGAUUGUAUCAGAGUUACGCAAGACAGUGGAAUCUUUUGGAUUUCUCGAAGUUGAAACUCCAGUUCUACAGGGAGCAGCUAGUGGAGCAGAAGCAAGACCAUUUGUUACCUACCAUAAUUCGCUAGGAAGGGAUCUUUAUUUGAGGAUAGCAACAGAGCUCCACUUGAAGAGGAUGCUGGUGAGGAUUUAAAGUAUAUUCAUUUUCUUUCGAGUGCUAU